AUGAUAGGCAUAUCAGAACAGCAGCAGCCGCGGCCCGACGAGCCGGGGGCGGCCAGGGGCGCCCACCCCGCCCAUGCUGCACUCGAGGCGACUGCGCUGCUCAGCACCACGAUGGACGAAGAUGCAGCGGCGGCGGCGGCGGCCAGCAGCAGUGGGCGGCCCUGGGGCGUGCCCGCACCACACACCGCGGCGUACCGGCUGCUGGGCCAUGUGAAUGAAUCGACAAAGUGGGUCGUGGCUGGCGUCGUGUUCGUGGUGCUGCUGGCGGCCCACAACGAGUGGGCGGCGUGGUCGGUCGUGGGCGCGGUGACGUCAUCGUUCCUGUGCAAGGUGUUGAAACAUGUCAUCAACGAGCAGCGGCCUGCCAGCGCGCGGAAGAAGGACCCUGGGAUGCCCUCCUCUCACAGCAACAGCCUCAAUUUCCUUUCCGUCACCGCCGCCAUGUCGCUCCUGCACUUUGGGGGCCGCCAGCCAGCCGCAGCACCGCUCGCCGCGGCGACAAUUGCUACGUGGCUGCGUGUCGCCCUGGGCUAUCACACAUGGCCCCAGGUCGUGGCGGGCGGCCUGCUGGGCGCGUCCACGGCGGCCGCCUGGUUCGCCUGGGGCACCGCUUACGCGGUGCCAGCGCUGCGCUCCUGGCCGCCGGGGGUGCCCCUACUGUACGCCGCCACCGCCGUCGGGAUGGCGUUGUUUGCGGUGAGGAACGUGCUGGUCUGGCACCAGGAGCGGCGCGAGCGGCGGGCGGGCGGGAAGGCGCGCGGCAGCGAUGACUCGGGUGGCGAGUGGCGCGGCGCUCAGCCGCAGGCCGCUGGCUGA